AUGAGUGGAUUAGCAGCAAAUAAAGCUGGUUUACAAGGAAUAAAUAAAGAAAAAGGAACACCAUUUUUUGAAAAUGAAGCAAGAAAAGAUGAAGCACUUAGUUAUAAAAUUGAAGAAAUGUUAAAAAAAUAUUCAACACUCUUGAAUAAAGAUUUAUCAAUGGAUUUAAUUAGAAUAGAUAAUAUGAUGGAAAUAUUAGAAUCUGAAAGAGAUUUAUCUCGUAUCAUUGUUCACAUUGAUAUGGAUGCAUUUUAUGCUUCAGUGGAAGAAAGAGAUAAUCCUAGUUUGAAAGGUAAACCUAUGGCUGUAGGUGAUAAUUCUAUGUUAAGUACUGCAAAUUAUGAAGCGAGAAAGUAUGGAGUACGUAGUGCGAUGCCAGGAUUUAUUGCCAGAAAAUUAUGUUCACAUUUAAUUUUGGUUCCAUUACAUUUUGAUAAAUAUCGAGCGGUAUCAAAAUCUGUACGUGAAAUAUUUGCACGUUAUGAUCCAAAUUUUACUCCCAUGACUGAUGAAGUAGUUCAACAAAUUAGAGAAGAGAUAUUUAAAGAGACACAAUUGACAGCGAAAAUCAUUUUGGAAUUUAUGAAAAAAUUAUCUAUCCGUAAAGUUUCUGAUAUUAAGACAAUGGGAGAUUUAUUUCAACAACGUGUUUAUGUAUAUAAAAUGUUUACUUUGAGUUCUUUUCAAUUUCUUAUGAGAGCUUCUUUUGGGAUUGGUUCGACAGUAGUAAAAACGUAA